CUCUCGAGAUAGCACUGAAAACACGCGAUGCUUGAAGGGAGCUUAGCGCUACGGUUGUAAACCUCAGAGUUAACUGUUUAGUUGUCAGUCAUCACAUUUGCCCGGCUUUUUGCCACAUAACACUGUUUAAUAUCCCGUGCUCCGAAGAAGAAGUUUACCUGCUAUACUGUAAAGAUGCAUGCUGCCACAGCAAAAUGGUAUGACAGACGAGACUCUGUUUUUGUAGACUUCUGUGUGGAAGACAGCAGCGAAGUAAAAGUGAAAUUCGACAAGUCAAAAUUUGAGUUUAGCUGCAGCAGUGGAACAGAGAAUACCAAAUACCACAAUGAAGUCGAGCUUUUUGGGGAUAUUGACCCCAAAGAAUCCAAACACAGACGCACUGACAGAUCUGUCCUGUGUUGUUUACGAAAAGCAGAGCCUGGGAAAUCAUGGCCACGACUUACCAAAGACAAAGCAAAGUGCAACUGGCUGAGUGUGGAUUUCAAUAACUGGAAAGACUGGGAAGAUGACUCAGAGGAGGACUUGUCAAGUUUUGACAAAUUCUCAGAGAUGAUGAACAGCAUGGGUGGAGAUGAUUUACCCGAUUUAGAUGGUGCAGAAGAGCAUGAGUCUGCAGACAGCGAUGAUGAAAAGAUGCCAGACCUGGAGUAGGCAAACAUGGUUGCCACCUCACUAGUGAUCAAAGCAAGCUGUGAGUCUGAAAGAACGAAACUAGGCAAUGAGUUGGCAGCCACGUUGAAGAACCUCUCUCUCCACCCAGUUUCCAACGUGAAAUCCCUGCAGAGAGUGACGGGAUGUGACUGUUGGAUACAGACAUGCACAGACAUCCAUAACAACAUCCAGUGCUGUGCUUUGCUGUUCUGUUCUGCAUGGACAAUUCUGAUCAAAUGAAAAUGUUGUUGUUCCCUGACUUAAAUGACUGUAAUGGGAUGUGCUGAUGUCUUACAACCUGUUUCCCUCUCUGACUCUCUGUUUUUGUUUUGCUGAUGUCAGUUUAUGUAAAAAAAAAACAAAAAAACGUGAUUUAUAAUAACACAAGAAGAAAAACUCAAAAUGCCUAUUUUCCAAGAUGGUUUUUUUAAAUGGCAAACUUCCCCUCUGUUUGUUUUGUAAAAUGCACUUAUGUUUAAUUUAAGAGGCAAGAGUUCUGCUUUAAAUUGGUUUCAGUGUCUUCAAACAUCUGCAACUAUUUAACAGUAAUUACUUUUUUUUAAAUAUGUUGCAGCAUUUUAAAUAAACAUGCUUGUACAACUACAG